AUGGAAUAUAUGGAUGGUAUUUAUAUAUAUGGAUUAAAUAGAAGGGAGUUUAUCUUACAGAUUACAAUAGGUUGGAAAUUUUAAUUAAACAGUGAUUAGAAUAUUUACGAUUUAAAUUUAGGACAGGUUGAUUUAUUUGCAUAGAUAAGCAGAAGUGUAUAGGAGAGCAGAUUUUGGAUCAUCAUAAUGGAAAGAAGUGAUCAAUUUAUCUGAUACAGAAUUUCGUUAGUCUAUUAAAGAGUAAUUGUUCUUUCAAAUGCAUGGCUCUAAGAUUAUUGGUGAAAGAAAAGAAAUAUGGAAGAAGAGAUGA